AUGGGCUCACUGCCUUACGCGACAGGGAAAGAUAAACGGCUCUCUCGCACUAAGCCACAGCCAACAUGCGUCUCAUCGCCCUCGCCCUCGUGCCCAUGGUGGCGGCCGCUUGCAACCGCGAUGCGCCAAGGCGGCCUCACCUGGUCGUCAGCCACGCGCAUGAACCAGAUCCAGUGUGUGGGCUCUAACAACAGUUACCACCUGCAGCCGUCGCCCGAGGAGCUGGUGACUAUCGAGCAGUUCAUUCCGGGCUCCUCGCGGGACUUGAAAUACUCGCAAGCGGCCCUCGACAUUCAGCUCAAUUAUCAGUCGAUCCGCAGCCUCGAGCUCGACGUGUUCGCCGACCCCAAGGGCGGGCACUACGCCAAGCCGCUGAUCCGCAAGCUGGCCAACCUUCCCUACGACCAAGACCCCCGCUGGCGCGAGCGCGGGACCAAGGUGCUUCACAUAGCCGACGGCGACGUCCACACGACGUGUGUCACGCUGAAGCACUGCCUCGAGCUCGUCAAGAGCUGGAGCGACGCCCACCGCGCUCACAUUCCCCUGCCCAUCUUGAUCGAGUUCAACGAGUCGGACCCGGGGCUCGUGCUCCUCGGCGGCGCCAAGGCCAUCCCCUGGAAUGACGAGAAGCUGCUCGCGGGCCUCGAUGCCGAGAUCCGCGCCAUCUUCCCCGCCGACCGCCUCAUCGUGCCCGACGACCUGCGCCGCGGCGUCCCCACCAACCUGACGCUCGAGGACGCCGUGCUGGAGCGCGGCUGGCCCGACCUCGACUCGGCCCGCGGCCGCGUCUUCUUCCUCAUGGACAACGGGCCCGGCGACGCCGACUGCGCCUUCCGCAAGCUCAACAACCCCACGGGCGCCGCCAACACGGCCGCGAUCCAGCGCGCCGUCCAGCUCAACUACUGGGUCCGCACGCGCGCCGACGUGCCCCUCGAGACCCUCUUCAGCAACGACACCACGGGCAUGCGCGACGCGGCCCUGGCGAGCGGCGCCCAGGUCGUGAGCACCGACUUUCAGCAGUACGGCAUGUCCAGCCCCUCGGGGGUCGACUAUGCCGUCAGGCUCGAGGGCGGCCGGGCCGCGCGGUGCAAUCCCGUCGUGGGCCACCAGUGCGUCGUCGACAAGUUGGAGCCCGAGUCGCCUCAGUACGAACGGCGUCAAAAAGCCCGCUGCGAGCAAUAUGUUCCAAAGCGCCUGCACGCAAAUGUGUUAUGGCCAGUGAUUGGCAUAUUCAAGUCACCCAGUGCCUUGACUUCUUAUCUUUGCAGAAGGUAG